GGUAUGUGCAUUUGUAUGUAGAUGCAGGUUCGAUUAUCAUUAUUAAUCCUGCCUCUGUUGCAAAAAUUGACCAAAUAAAGCAGGAUAGGAUAAACUAGUUGAUAUCCGGCAGUACAUCACGUGACCGUGAUCUAACCGUAAGUAUGUAUUCCUACGCGCCGAUUAACAUGUUAACGUGUUCUAAUAUUUGACCUUUGAAAUUUAUUGGGACGCAUCAUGAAUGUUAUCGUUAUAUUAUAAAUCAUCCUUUUUUCUUCUUUAAAACAUAUUACCGAACCAGCUCUCCGUAUUUAUCAUUUUCAUUUACUUGAUGACGCAAUUUAUGACGUAUCUAGUGUGACGUCAUUUCUCAGACAAAACAUACUAUCUAGUUUCUCUCAGGAUCUUAGGGACACCAAUUUUGACGUGGUGGUUUUAACAGUAUUUUUUCAAAGAAUUUAAAGCAUCGAACGAAUCAUAAACGUAUUCCGAAUGGUGUGUUUGUCAUUCAUAAGUGUUAACUUCGAUAGGAAUAAAAUAAUUCGCUACGACAGGAUUACGAUUUCGUAAAUCGGAAUUUGGGUCAGAAUGGUUAGCAUUCGAUACAAACGCUAUCAAAAAAAUAGUGUGGUUUAAAAUACAUUUCGAUACAGAUGUAAAAACAGAAAUGGAUUUUGACAAAGGGAUGGAAGAACAGAAAAUGGAUGUGUAUAUCGUUGUUAAUGUUUUGUUAUAAGCAAUGGAUUAAAGUUGUCAUUAAGGUAGUUCGUUAAAAUCUAGGCGAGCGGGAUUGUAAUCAUGAUUUGCUUGCAAGGGACUUCAUCCAUCAAAUGUUUCAUAGCGAACAUGCUGCUCGUUUUUGGAUUGGUGACUUUCCUUAUAUCAGAAUGUUAUACCGUUUCUGAAAACAUCCAGGUGGUAAGAACUAAAGAAAUUUCAAUUGAAUGUGCCUCGAACACCGAUUUCACAUUCAAACUUUAUAGCAAUGGGUUAAACGAUUCUUUAACGAUUGCAGAGUGUGAUUUUAAUAGAAAAUCGUGUGUGUUUUUGACAAAUAUUUAUGAAAACAUAUACACUAUUUUGUACACUGGACGUGGUGGUAUCCUGGUAAUAAGAUAUCUCAACGACGAAACUGUUGGAACUUAUCAAUGCCAUGAAACAUACAAUCCUAUGAAUUUUGUCAGCACGAUGAUUACACAAUCGGAAUAUGCAGACGCAUUCGUAAAGCAUUAUAGAGUUCCACCCAAAACUACUGAGUUUAGCCUUUCGGAAAAAUUUGGGCAUAUUGUCCUAGGCAUAUUUAAGGAGAAGUCAAUAGAAUGCUCAUCCAAUGUCGAUAUCACUUUUAAAUUCAUCAGUAAUAAAGAAAACGCCUCAGUUACAAUUGCAGAAUGUGACUUAUCGAAAAAAGCAUGCACUAUAUUGAAAACAUUUUUGCAUAACCAAUACAAUAUGUCCUACACAGGCAGUGGAGGAGUUUUGCAUAUUAAGAGUCUGAACGAUGAAUCAUUUGGAACAUAUAUCUGUUAUGAAACGUACAAUCCAAACAUCUUUGUCAGCAUUGAAAUUAUUUCACACAUUAUGGAUGCAGCGAAUAGCACCUAUAAUGUAACUGAUGCUGCCGAUACUAAUACAGAGAACCAUUGGGAUCAAGGCGGAACAAAUAAUUCUUCAUCAAUAUUGGUAAUAGUACUAUCCGUGUGUUCUGCCCUGGCCGUGCUUGGAAUCGUAUGCGUCAUAGUUUAUUGUACGAUUAAAGAUUUUCACUGCGCUGCUUCUUAUGACAUAGACAAUUUUGAAAUGUCUGCAUCAACCAAGUAUGCCACAGCACCAUAUCAGAAUGAAGAAAAUGAGAAUACUGCCGCGCCGUUACUGUGUUCAACUAUAAGGCGGAGUAGCGACAGCAAACAUCCGCUUACGAAACAUGCUUACUUUGCCGAAACGCACACAGAAUCCGCCUUGCCAAGCGUAAGAGCUGUUGCUGCUAUUGAACUUGGUACAACAUACAGUGGAUGUGCCUUUUCGUUCUCCCAAGAUCCGAACAACGUGGUUGUAAACACGAACUGGUUCAAUGGCGGCGAAUCAAACUUAAUAGCAACUAAAACUCCGACAAUUGUUCUCCUCGACAACAAAGGGGAAUUUCAUUCGUUUGGAUUCGAUGCAGAAAAACACUUUCUUUCGCUAGCGCAUGAUAACAAUCACCGAGGCUGGAGAUUGUUCAGGCGUUUUAGAAUGGCACUUCAAAAGAAAUAUUCCCUGGAUGCGACAAUUGAUGAUCUAGAAGGAAAUCCAUAUCCAGCGAUGGAAAUAUUUAAAUAUGCUAUUCAGUAUAUGCUCGGACAUCUCUUAAAAGCUAUGAAACUAGCGUCACCGACAUUGCUUGAAUCCAAUAUACAGUACAUAGUAACUGUGCCUGCUAUAUGGACUGCUGAGGCCAUUAACUUCAUGAGAGAGUCUGCUGUAAAGGCUGGAAUAACAAACGAAAGACUGACAUUGGUUGUUGAAUCGGCGGCGGUAGCCUCUUGGUGGACACGUUUAAACAUCAAAGACAGCCCAUACAUUGAUAUGCAAACGACCGGGUCAAAAUGGAUUGUAGUAAAACUUGGAGGUGGUUCCACAAGUGUAUUAGCAUACGAAGUAUUACCUGAAGGCAAAGUCAAGGUGAUACAACAAGCGAGCGGCGGGGCUUGGGGUUUUACAAACGUAGAGGAACAGUUUAUGGACGACCUACAGAAAGAGCUAGAAUCUGGAAACGUAGAUAAAUUGCGCAGAGAGAAUAUUGGUGAUUAUUACGAACUUUUACAAGAUAUUGCAGAAACAACCCAAUCAAAAUAUAUUCUUUUAAACGAUAUUUGUGUUUUAAGGCUCCCAUACUCACUGUCCCCGAUACUCAAACAUCGAAUAGAAACAGCCAAGAUUAAAAUAUGGUUUGAUAGUGAAAUUUCAAGUGUUAUUGCACACAUUAAAUCUGUAUUAAACAACAAUGUAAGUUUAAGGGAAGUAACCUCUAUGGUGGUAGUCGGAAGCUUUGCAGAAUCGUUGUAUGUUCAAAAGAUGUUGCGAGAAAUAUUUCCACAAUUUAAAGUUAUUGUUCCUGAAAAUCAAGGAUUUGCAGUUCUUAAAGGGGCCGUUUCGUAUGGACACAGCACUAUUAGAAUUUGAAAUAUUAAGUAAAUAUGCCGAAUCAGUACGUAAAACAUGUUGAGUGUGACGCGGGAGAUACCAGAACGAGAACGCGUCUUCGGGAAUGUGUCUCCGAAGUUAAGUAGAGAGAAAAAUGAUAUAAUACGUAGAAAAAGAGAUUUGCAGAGCCUUUUUUCUUUCUUCAAAUUGUAUAGGGCUACAAUUAUGGAUUUAAAUCUUAUGACGAGUACCUAAAAACGCAAACAUUUACCAAUUUACUUUUCCUGUAGAUCAGUUACUCCUAUGGACUUUAAAUACGCACGUAUAUUUUUAUAUGUACGCGUUUGUACGGUUGUUUUCGGGUUCUUGUACGGAAAAAACUUCUAGAAUAUAAAUAUUGUAAACUAACUUUUGAUCGCUAAAUAUCAUUCAUGGUAAGAAAAUGCUUUGGACCAGAACCUUAUCGUAGGUCUAACAUCAAACUUAAUAUGAUAUGUCAAUAGUAAGACUUAUUGUCACCGAUCUUCCCGAAGCUUUACCAUGCCCACCAUUGAAGAUUACAUGGAUUCCCAGGGUGGUGUUUUAAGCGUCUAAAUCAUCGUUAUAUGCGUCGAUUGAAUGCUUUUGAAUAGCGAACUAUUCAAAACGAGUUCAUAAAUAAAGGUUAAUUCAUAGACACGUUUGAAGACCUCGUUUGUUUACUUAAAUAUUGUGUUAAUGAAAUCGAGGUUUAUCAAAAUGUCACUGUCCAGUAAGUACAAAGUACAACGAGUUUUGGUAAUUAAACUUUGUACAUAUAUACAGUAUAAACAACUUACAUUGACUUGCGUUUUUGGUAGGUGGGACAAAGGGCACCGUUUACUACUACAAAUUGCCUUCCGCUUUAUAAGUCAAUUAUGCAUCAACAAUUCAAUUUCGAAUUAAUAAAUUUUACAUCCAUGGAGUGUAUUGGAUUGCAUAUCUUGUUUUCCUUUUUUGUAAGUGCAACAUUUUAUUUUCUCCGUAGAAUAUUUUAUACAUACAUGAAAAAUUACAUGCACACAUACAAAGCUUUUCAUUUAGUAUUAAGCAUUUAUAAACAAAGUACUUCAUGUACAGCUACUUUAUGUGUACAUAAAUAUAAUUGUCGUACAUUCAACAUACAUUCAUACACAAAUCUAAUUGUGUUAUAUUUUACAGCAAAAUAAACACAAGCGUGUACCAUACAAACUAUAUUGAUGUUGAAUAUAAGUAUGUGCAUCAUUUAUCAUAAAAAUAUUGCACAUAAGAAAAUUAAGUAAAAUUGCUGAAUUUCAUAGUAUAAGAAAACUUAUUAUGCAUUAUUAUUAACUAAAAACUUAGAAUUAGUAAUGUCGGCAUAUAAGAUGUCAGUCAAUAUUUUAAAAAGGGACCAGAUUCUUAAUUCGUCAUCUAAUUGAAUUGCAUAUUGGUAAAUGUCUAAAGUGAGCUUCAUACUUUUUUCACGUCCAUACUUUGAAAGGAUUCUGUUUGUUCCAGGCAUACUAUGUUUAAAUCGUUCAUUUGUUUAUCAAUAAGUCUGCUGAGUACUAGAUCCUAGCAUGUAAUAUGAAUAGGUCUAAUUCUACAAAUAAUCUCAGCAACAAAUAUAAUAAUUUUUAGAGUAUAUGGGCAGCACCAGGACAUGCGCAUUAUAUUUUUAACUUCAAGGCUCUGUCAAAUUAAUACCGUUUUCUAAUUCAAUAAAAUGUUUCGACUAGUUUUUAUAAUGAUUUGUUUCGAGCAAGCAAAAGUAUUUAAAGAGUUUUCUUCCAUCUUAUAUCCAUUUAACUCUAGAACAAAUAAGAGACCAUUUAAGUUUAUUUUGUCUCACAUUUUCUGAUUAAUUUUGUAGUUCACGAAGUUGUUCGAGAAUAGUUUUGGUUAAGUAUAUUAAUUUGUUCAAUUAAAUUAAAUUCAUGUUUGUGUUCUUUUUAGCUUUAUAUUACGAAAUAGUUUUUCCUACAAAGUUUAUUAGUAAUGUUUCUAGAAAUAAUUGGUCGUCGAUAGCAAACUGUUUUAUGCUAUAGUGAAUAUUUGGUAUGUUUUCUAUGUUGUAGAUAGGGAUACAGUAUUGUUGUUUAAAAUUUUGAAUCAAAUUAUUAAUGCAUGGUAAAUAGCCAAUAUUUUUUAAGAGUUAAUUUUUGAAUUUCCAUAGACCUGCGAUGUACUCUAGCUUGACUUAGCAAUAUAUUGCGCUUCGAAAUACAUGCACUCGGAAAAAUUCAUCUAUUUAAUAUGCACGAAACAUGAUCAAGAUAUCAUGGUAUAUAUAUAAUACUCAUGAAUCGUGUGAACUCCAUUAGUAUAAACUACACGUUUGUCGUGUGCAAUCGGUUUCACGCUGCAAGUGUUUCACAAUAUUUAGUUAAAGUUUAGCAAGUUGAAUUUUCUUGUUCUUAUUUUACCUGAUAUCUUUGCAAAACGUUAAGUGCUCAUUACGAAGAUAUUUUAAUAUUAUCGUGCAUAAAUGUCAGUGUCAGUUUAUGUGUGUUUGAAUGAAUGAAAAUGGCUUAAUGAUUCACUCUACUAUUCUUACAUAUUACUCGAAACCAGUUUCAUUAUCCCAAAUGGGUUUAUGUUUGUAUAAUACACUUAUAUCUUUUAUACUAUUUGAACUAGUUUGGAUUUUCACCAACAAAGUGAUUUAAUGUUUUUUUUUGUGUUAUUGAAUUUGUCAAAAGUUUUUGUAUUGUGUUUAUAUGUAGUCAUUCCAAAAUUAUGUUUUCAUUACGAUUUCUACGAUUUUAAUAAUAUAUAUUGUGUGUGUGCUUUUUGUCGAAUAAAUUACUAAUGGUAUUACAAAUUCAA